AUGGACUUCCAUUUCGUGACCGCAUCAGGCGAAUCAGAGGGCUCCACGUGGAUAGAAGCGGUGCACCUGGUGCUGCCACCUGUCAUCCCGCGGUCCUCCUCUCAGGCCACGUUGGAUGCGCUACAGGCGCCAAACGGCACAGCUGGCAUGGAACCUCUGUUGGACCCCAAGUGGGAGGCGGGCUUUAAGAGCACCAAGAGGGUGUUCGCGUGCCUGCUGCUGCUGGGCUGCCUCCUCUAUAUCGCCGCGUUCCUCUGUGAGUGCUGCCCCAGACGCACCUUUCUCUACGCACCUUUCUCUGUGAGUGCUGCCCCAGACGCACCUUUCUCUGUGAGUGCUGCCCCAGACGCACCUUUCUCUGUGAGUGCUGCCCCAUACGCACCUUUCUCUGUGAGUGCUGCCCCAUACGCACCUUUCUCUGUGAGUGCUGCCCCAGACGCACCUUUCUCUGUGAGUGCAAUCCAGGCGGUACAGGCGGUGCAGGCUGCAGCACCUCAGAAUGUGUCUGCUGCUGGGCUGCCUCCUCUAUAUCGCUGCCUUUCUCUCUACCUCUCUGACAGCACCACCACCACUGGCAGCAGCAGCAGCAGCAGCAGCAGCAGCAGCAGCAGCGGCGGCACUUCCAGUAGUAACGUUCCGGGCAGCAGCAACAUCACCGGUGAUAGUAGCAGUGGUGGUGAUGGUGGUAGCAGCAGGAAUGAUGUGCCAAUCGCUGCUCUUCUCGAUGGCAUGGCAGCAUCCAUGCUCACUUCACAAACCCUCUGGAUUGCCAUGUCAUACCUCAUUCUGUACCUGGUGAUUGCAAGCCUUGGCUUGGUUGGUGCUCAUUACAACAACGUGGUAUGUGCUGCUGCUGCUGCUGCUGUUGCUGUUGCUACUGCUGCUGUUGCUACUGCUGCUGCUGCUGCUUUUGCUGCGGCGGCUGCCCCAUCCCUGCCCCUUGUGUUCUUUUGA